AUGUCCACUGUGGAACCGCCAAGCCCUUUACCACCAGAUGAGAACGUCGGCCCGGUGCUACUCGGCGUUUCUGGUGUUUGCCUUGCCCUAAUCAUACUCACUACUAGUAUUCGCAUAUGGGUCCGGUUAGGCCUACGAUCCUUAGGCUGGGAUGACUUCACUAUAGUCGUGGCCACUCUUCUCGGUGUCACCCGUUUUGGCGUCCAAGCAGCUCAAGUCAAGAUUGGCAAUGGAAGACAUAGAUGGUACAUCGACGCUGCGGACUAUAUAGACAACAAUAAGCUUGGAUGGUUCGCUCAGAUCCUCCUCUUCGCCAGCAUAUGCCUGCUCAAAAUAUCGAUUCUGCUCCUCCUCCUUCGUAUCAAGGAUUCCCGCCAUGUCAAAUACUCAGCAUGGGCCAUCAUGGCUGGACUUUUCUUCACCAACUUCGGGUGCAUUGUUAUCUUGCUUGCUGAAUGCAAACCAACUAGUGCAUACUGGACAGGCGUUGGGGAAUGCUGGGAUCCUCGCAUUCGAAUCUACUCUAUAUAUGCGACAAUUGCAUUCUCUAUAGUGACUGACCUGAUAUGCUCUCUGCUACCUAUUUUUGUUAUAUGGAGAGUAAAUCUUCCACUAAAGACAAAGAUCUCCGUGUGGGCCUUGAUGAGUCUUGGCUUGAUUGCUACCGGAUUCGGCAUUGCACGUGCAGCCUCUCUGGGUACAACGACAGCAGAUUUAAGUUGGUUCUAUGCCAUCACAGCGAUCUGGUCAAACCUCGAGCUUUACCUCGGUAUUGUCGCUGCGAACCUCUCUCUCAGCCGGUCGAUGUUUGCAUUCUUCUUUCGAGACGGAAGUACAACCAAAACUUCCUCCUACGGGGGUAGGGCCAUUACAACGUCUGUAUCUGGAAAUGCCGGAUUUCCCAGUUCAAACGGGUUUCGGUCCGCACAAAGACGUUUGCCAUCUCAAGGACAGGAUAGCGAGAUUUCCUUGGUCCCACCAUCAAAUAAGGUACCAUCCACUUGGUACACUGACGAUAAUACGAAUAAUGAGAUUAUGCCUGGGGUUGUUGCCAAUGGUAAAGGCGACAGUCAAUAG